AUGACAUUUUUAGUUAUCUUCGGUGUCACUUCAAAAAGGUCUGCCAACACCAACCUUUUAGAAAUUGAUGAAGACAUUCCUUGUAAUUCCCAUGGAGUGCCCCAAACCGAAUUUAAUAAAUUUUUUUCAACAAAUGUUGUUAUUUGUGAAAAUGUGGCAGAUAAAUUGGCUUUGAGGAAUAUCCCCCCUUUAAUAAUUAAACAAUUCGAAUUUAUCAUUUCCCUCUUUUACAAAUUCAAAAAUUCAAGAAAUUUCAAAAAACUAAAAAAAUUGAGAAGUGGACAAAUAAACUUGCCUAUAUAUCAAAGCAAAGAUGAAUUGCUUGAAAAAUUGGAAAAUAAUCAAAUAUUGUUAAUUGCUGGUGAUACUGGUUGUGGGAAAAGUACACAGUUACCCCAAUAUUUACUUAAUGCUGGCUACACCAAAAUUGCAUGCACACAGCCUAGGAGAAUUGCUUGCACAGUAGCGCUUGAAAUGCUUAAACAAUUUGAUUCUGAAAUUGCUUACCAAACAAGGUUUGAUAAAACAAAAACAAGUUCGACUCGAAUGCUUUUUCUAACAGAAGGGGUUCUUUUACGCCAACUUGUUGAUGAUCCUGGUCUACAACGUUAUAAUGUAGUUAUUUUGGAUGAGGUCCACGAACGUAAUAUAUCUGGUGAUUUAUUAGUUGCUUUACUCAAAAGUGCUUGCCAACGAAGAGAAGACCUCAAAUUAAUUUUAAUGUCAGCCACUAUAAAUAUUGAACUUUUUCGUUCUUACUUUCCAGGAGCGCCAGAAAUAUCUGUUCCAGGACGUCUUUUUCCUAUUGAAUUGAGAUAUAUGCCUCCAUUAAUAAGAGAAGUUGACAUUUCUCGUAAAAAAUCAACAAAAAUAGAUGCUGGUCCAUAUGUAAAUAUUUUACAAUUAAUUGACAAAAAAUACAAAAGUAGUGAAAGAGGAGAUGUUUUAAUUUUUUUAAAUGGAAUAUCUGAAAUUUCAAUAAUUGCUGAGGCCUGUAAAGAAUAUGCUGAAUUUACAAAGAAAUGGAUUAUUUUAAUUUUGCAUAGUACUCUUUCUGUUGAAGAACAACAAAAGGUUUUUGACCUUGCACCAGUAGGUAUCCGUAAAUGUAUCCUUUCAACAAAUAUUGCAGAAACGUCUGUAACAAUUGAUGAAGUUCGUUUUGUAAUUGAUUCUGGUAAAGAAAAUUUGAUGGUUUAUGAUCCAUCAAUUAGAACACACAAACUAACAGAAACAUGGAUUUCUAAAGCUAGUGCUAAUCAGAGAAAAGGAAGGGCUGGAAGGACAGGUCCAGGUGUUUGUUUUCGUCUCUACUCUGAAGAAGAAUUUUCUAAAAUGGAAGAUUUUACCUUGCCAGAAAUUAAACGAGUUUCUUUGGAUACUUUAAUUUUACAAAUUUUGGAUAUGAAUAUGCAAAUUGAUGUUCGCGAUUUUCCUUUUCUUGAAAGCCCAGAAAUUGGCCCUUUAAAUCAAACGUUAGAAUCACUAAAAAGUCAAGGUGUAGUGAAUGCACUAAAUGAGAAAAUGUUAACUCCACUUGGAAUUAUUUUGGCAAGAUUGCCUGUUGAUAUUCCGAUUAGCAAGAUGUUAAUCUAUGCUUGUGUUCUAAAUAAAUUAGAAAUUGCAUUAACUAUAGCUGCAGGUCUAUCAGUACAAUCACCUUUCACCAACCGUUCUUUUCGCGAUUCUGAUUGUGUAAAUAGUCGACAACAUCUUUUGUCAGAUAUUGGAGAUCCUUUUACACUUUUACGUGUUUACAGAGAAUGGCUAAAAUUGAGAAUGGAUGGAGGGCAAGACACGCGACGUUGGGCGCGUCAAUUAGGAAUUGAAGAAACUCGACUUUUUGAAAUAACAAAAUUAAGAAGACAAUUUAAAGAAAUAUUAGAACAAGCAGAAUUAAUUCCAAAACAAGAAGCUAAAGAAUGGGAAGAAUUAAGUUCGAAAGAAAGAAGAAUGCUUGUUGGAGAGAAACGAAAACUUUUUGAUUUGAAAAAGAAAGCUGGUUAUGAAGGAAAGAAAACUAAAAUUUUGAGAGAAGGACAACAUUUUGAUACAAUUUUGGAAAAAAGUGGGAGAGGAUUGGAAGAGGAGGAAGAAAAGGAAAGAAGAGGCCCUCAAAUGUUGGAGAACACCCAAGAUCAAAUUCAACAUUUGGAAUUUUCACUUUUAUCUUCUGGAAAGGCUUUAGAACGUGAAUUAGCAACUCAUAAAUUUGACGAUAUUUUGGCUAUACAAUUAAAAUUAAUUCUUGCUAUGGGAAUUUAUCCUCAAUAUGCGGUUGUUGAUCCAGCAAAUAAUUUUCGUGAAGGGCAUGACCAAUUUGCACACACGCCAUCAAAACCAUUUGUAGUUAUCCACCCAAAUAGUUCUUUAGGUCAAAGACCAGAAGCUCUUCGAAUAGAAAUUGAUUUGGAUGGACGUUCUUCUCAACACCAAUUUAUUUUUUAUGGACUUUUAUUGGAGACAACAAAGCCUUAUUUAUGCAAUACAUGUAGAAUACCAGCAACUUUUUUGUUAAUAAUUGCUAGAAAUAUAACUCUAGUCAAACCAAACAUUCUUUGUUGUGAUGGUUUUAUUGAAUUUAAUUUUGUUGAAGAGGAAGAUUUAUUACAAGUAUUAAAUAAAGCUAUAGAAUUGAGGCAUUUAUUACUUAAAUCUGUUGAAUUAAAAUUAAAUAAUGAUGAAUAUGCUGAUUUUAAAGAUGUUUGUAAAAAUAUUGUUAAAUUUUCGAGAAUGCAAAAUUCGUUUAGUUUAAGAAGAAGAAUAGACCCUCCAAAACAUUUGCGUUAUGGAAUUUUUACUGCUAAUGGUGAAGAAUAUAUUAAAAAUAAAUUUUUGGAAGGAAAUGAGCCAUUAUUUAAUGAGUUUAAAUUUGGUUCUGUUGAGGAGGAAAUAGCAUUAGAAAAUGAAUUAAAUUUAAUUGAUGAAAAGAAAAUUAAAGGGAAAGAAUAUUUUUGUGAAAAAUGUCAAAAGAAAUUUUGGUUUGAAGAUAAUGUGCAAAUAUUAAAACAUAAAAAAGAACACUAA